CUCCGAGUGUAGAACUGACUCGCGAUCGAGAACGCUUUAUCGUAAUUUAUCGGAAAUACUUUAUUAAUGUUUAUGCUCUCGAUUUUUUUUUUAAAUGCUAUGUAACGUUUAACUCGUAUAGACAAUUUAUUUAAACAAGAUGCGCGUGCUCCGCAUCCUGAGGUGCCGGCCCUUCUCCACUCGCGUGUUGGCGCUGCUGCUGAUCGCGCUCGCCUUCGGCAUCUACUGCUACUAUUACACGGUGUCGCCGGCCUACCCUAAACCAGCAAAUACUCUGAACAACAAUGAAAACACGAAGGCUCUGCAGUAUGUGCAUGACUCGCACCGAGAACUGCAGGAGAAGCCCUUCACCGACCAAUGCCCGCUGGUCCGCGAGAGCGCUGCGGAUAUCGACACCACGACCAUCUACCCGUCUUUCGACUUUCAGCCGAGUUGGCUCCGGACAAAGGAAUUUUGGGACCGAACAUUCGAAGAUCGUUACGAGAUCAUCAAGAAUGACAGCCGGCGACCACCAUUGAAGGUCAUCGUGGUGCCGCACUCGCACAACGACCCCGGCUGGUUGAAGACGUUCGAGCAGUACUUUGAGUGGAAGACGAAGAAUAUCAUCAAUAACAUCGUACAGAAACUCCACCAAUACCCCAAUAUGACUUUCAUUUGGACCGAAAUGUCAUUUCUCAACGCGUGGUGGGAGCGAUCUCACCCGGUCAAGCAAAAGGCACUGAAGAAGUUGAUUAAAGAGGGUCGCCUAGAGAUAACGGGAGGAGGCUGGGUGAUGCCGGAUGAAGCCUGCACACAUAUUUAUGCACUAGUGGAUCAGUUCAUUGAAGGACAUCAAUGGGUAAAAACGAAUCUUGGUACAUCGCCCAAGACCGGGUGGUCGAUCGAUCCGUUUGGUCAUGGCCCCACCGUACCCUACCUUCUAGACCAGAGUGGCCUUGAAGGCACCGUCAUCCAGAGAAUACACUACGCCUGGAAGCAAUGGUUAGCGCAGAGGCAGAUCGAGGAAUUCUACUGGGUUACCAACUGGUCCGAAAAGAAACCUUCUCUCAUCGUCCACAAUCAACCCUUCGACAUCUAUUCUAUUAAAAGUACAUGUGGUCCGCACCCCUCUGUCUGCUUAGGCUUCGAUUUCAGGAAAAUACCCGGGGAAUAUUCGGAGUACACCGCAAAAUAUGAGGAGAUAACCGACCAGAAUCUCCACACCAAAUCCAAGACUCUGAUAGACGAAUACGAUCGUAUCGGCUCCCUGACUACCCACAACGUCGUACUCGUGCCCCUCGGCGACGACUUCCGAUACGAGUACGGCGUGGAGUUCGACGCCCAGUACACUAAUUAUAUGAAAAUGUUCAAUUAUAUUAAUAAUCAUAAAGAUACCUUUAACGCUGAUGUUUCAUUUGGAACGCCCCUCGAUUACUUUAACGCUAUGAAAGACAGGCACAAAAAUAUUCCUACGCUCAAAGGAGACUUCUUUGUUUACUCGGAUAUAUUUAGUGAAGGAAAGCCAGCCUACUGGUCCGGUUACUUUACCACCCGACCGUACCUGAAAAUCUUGGCUCGCCAGUUUGAGCAUCACCUGAGAACAGCUGAGAUUAUCUUCACGCUAGUUGCGAACUAUAUUAAACAAUCGACCACGCUAAAACUGAUCUCAUCUGAAAAAAGAUUAGAAAAGUUCUACGAACAAUUGAUUACCGCUCGUAGAAACUUAGGUCUAUUCCAGCACCAUGAUGCAAUCACCGGAACGUCCAAAUCUAGCGUGAUGUUCGACUACGGAACCAAACUGUUCACGAGCAUUUAUCACUGCAUUCGUCUGCAAGAGGCGGCGCUCACCACCAUCAUGUUACCUGAUCCAUAUCUUCACUCGCAGAGCAUUCUCCAAAGCCAGCACGAAUGGGAAACCUACGGUAAGCAACCGAAGCAGUUACAGGUGUCGGUCGUCGACAAAAGGAAAGUUGUUCUGUUUAACUCGCUCGCCGAAGAACGCACAGAUAUAAUAUCGGUCAGGUCAAACACCACCAGCGUGCGCGUUUACGAUACGCGUCGGAAGGAGUACGUCCAAUACCAGAUCACGCCGAUUAUUGAAAUACGGGAGCAUGGAAAAUAUGUCAUCAGUGAUACGAGUUUUGAUGUCCUUUUCGUCGCCACAGUGCCGCCUCUUACUGCAGUCACGUUUAAUCUCGAGGAAUACACGAACACGUCGCAGCACUGCGUCAUCUUUUGCAAUAAUUGCAGCGAUAAAAUAUUAGGCUCCGAUAAAACCGAAAAUUUCACCGUUAAGAAGAUGAUGCCUGGUGAUAUUCAGCUGGAGAAUUCGGUUUUAAAACUUUUGAUUGAUAGGAAUACUGGGCUCUUGAGGCAAAUUAACAGAAAAGAUAACCGAAGGAGACACGUCGUCGAAAUGCAGUUCGGCGCUUAUCAAAGCGCACAACGACACUCGGGCGCCUAUCUCUUCAUGCCAGACUACGACGCUCCCGAGAAAAAGGUCCUACAUCAAUACGGCAGCGGAACAAGUCAGCAAGACGAGAACAUAAUCAUCCUAUCGGGCCCCGUGUCCACUGAGAUUACUACACUGUACCUACCUCUUCUAGUCCACACGGUUAAAAUUUACAAUGUCAAAGAUAUUGCUCUCUCGCACGCCGUACACGUCGAGAAUGUCGUUGACUUUGAAAGCCCUCCGAAAAACCGAGAAACAGAGUUAUUCAUGAGAUUACAAACAAACAUACAGAAUGGAGAAGUGCCAGAAUUCUAUACUGAUCAGAACGGCUUCCAGUAUCAGAAGAGAAUUAAAGUAGAGAAAUUAGGUAUCGAAGGAAACUACUACCCGAUUACGACGAUGGCUUGGCUGCAGGAUGAGGAGGUCAGACUCACUCUUAUUACCAACCACGCACAGGGAGCCGCAUCUUACGAACCCGGCCGCUUAGAAGUCAUGCUCGACCGGCGAACACUAUACGACGACCAUCGAGGCAUCGGGGAAGGGGUCGUGGACAACAAACCCACGGUGUUCCACAACUGGAUCCUCCUUGAGCCGAUUUCUGCAGACAGACGGAAGAGAGAUACGAGCGAGCACGUGUCCGGAGUUCUGAACAGACGGAACUUCAGUCCAGAUGCAAAAACCACUAUAUACGAACUACCCACGCGCACCGCCGACCACCUGAGCAGGACCAUGAAUUACCCGGUAAACGUGUACGUCGUGGACACCAGCGAGGUGGGCAACGUAAACGUAAAAACCUAUCAGACCUUUAUUCAAAACUUCCCUCCGGACGUACACCUGGUCUCGUUGCGAACUAUCACCGAUGAGGUGUUGGAGCAAUUUCCGAGUACCGCCUGCUUUAUGGUGCUGCACAGACCCGGCUUCAGCUGCUCGCUAGGCGACGGCUCUCGACGGACCUCCGCUCGCUUCACGGCGAAAACACUGUUCAACGGAUUGCGCAUCUCUAAUCUAACCGCAGUCAGCCUGACCGGGCUAAAGACGUACAAGUCGCUCUCCGGACUGGAAGAUAUCGAAAUAGCUCCGCUCGAAAUAAAAACCUACAAAAUAAGGUUUUAAGGAACGUUUGAGUUACGUGUAGACCAUUCGACAUUACGCCUGUCGGCCUGCAUCAACUCUACAGCCGUCUCAGGCGCGUCAAUAUUAAUGAGAGGAAAUGACUGUUUAGAAUCACAUAUUUAUCUGUUACGUACGUGUCUAAUAGUAGCGUGUAAAUUCCCUUCUCCUUGAGCGCUUCUUCGCAAUCGAAACUAUUAUUACGAUUUAUAUUUCGAAAUAUGAAGUUGACAAAAAUCUAGAUUAAUCUACCUCAGGACCAAAUUAUAAUAAUACACUCACAAUUUUGCAAUAUCCUGUCUAUUAAAAUAUAAAUCUAUUUUUUUGUAUAGCCUAUUCGACAGCGCCACUGUAUUACGGAUGUACUUCGCAUCGCCUUCGCACCCGGUUGAGAUAUUGUUACUAUAUUUACUAUCGUUUAAGCGUCCUUAGUAACUACUUGUUUUGAUUAUAUAUGAUAUUAGUACUUGCAAAGAUCUCUUUAAUUCUAUACAUUACUGGUCAAUGUUAGUGAAAUAGUUAGGAAUCGUUACACGAAUAUAUACAAUCGGUACACAGUACACGGUACACGCCCUCGAGGGUCAUUUAAUUUAUAUAGUAAUAUUCGCGUGACGUAUGUACGUAAACGUAAUGUUGUAUAUUUAGGUGAUCAGUGACCUGGUGGACCGUUUCGGUGCUCACGCGUGACGUCACUGAUGUUUCACAAAUUUUGCCAAAUUGAAUAAUGUAAAAGCAUUAAUUUAGUCAUAAUUUUGAUAUAAUUAUUUAUCGUUUGUAUUAUUUUCAAGUACAAUAAGGAUUUAUUAUUUGGUUGUGUUCGCAUAAUUGUAGAAUUAGGCGAUUUAGUACAAUUUAAGUUAUUCAUGUUUGGGAUUACGGCGUCACAGUGUUGUGGUCGUCCGAGGUAAUAAGGAAUAGUCAUUAAUUAUUUAUAUUAAGAGGAAUGUUUCCGAAUCUCGUUACGAUCUGUAUCAGUAACUAACUCUGUACCAUCUACAUCACCUUGUACUGUGAAUCGUCAUUUUACUACUAAUAUUGCUGUCUAGGAAUAAUCGUAGUUAGUAUUUAAAUGGAUGUUAUUAAAUGUUUAUCGUCAAAUUUCUAGUACGAGGGAGACCACUGUUAGAAGCGACAAGGCUCUUUGCGAUGUUCACAUCGUUCUUUGUAUAUUUAAUACUAUUUUGCGUUCAAAACAUCAUAGCCAAUGAAUAGUUGAGUAUUAUAUAAGACGAACAGUCGCGGUCAUUUUAUUUAUUUGUAAAUAAACUGAAGUGUAAAUAUUAUUUAUUUUGUGCUUGUGUUACGACAGCCCUGUGAGCAGGGAACAUCCUGGUGUCUCGAUACCAGCUCACCGUUUUGUACAAUACAGUAUCGGCCGGCCACGGGAAUGAGGCGACGAAUGGGCUGAAACUAACGUUGCCGAGCGAAUCACCGACGACGAUGCAAAAUUUUUCAUUCGCAAUAAGGGAUAGAGAGAUUUUAAUCGUUAAUUUAUAACUUUUUUCAAUGAAAUAAUCUCUUUAUAUUUGUGGAUCUUUGAAAUGAUAAACUUCUAGUUUAUCUUAUUUUUGUUGAAAUACUAGCUAACAUAAACUGUUCGAGUUCAGCUCCCCGCGACAUAUUUAUUAAAUCAUUAUUGAAGAGGCAGUGGGGCAACAUAAAGACGCAAUGUCCAUAUUACAUCGUGCCAUCCACCAUCUCCUAAAGGUUUCCUAUCGUCAUAAGAGCACCAGUUGAUAUGUAACAAUCCCUCUGGGUUAUAGGCCGAUAAGAGUCGCGGCGGUGAUCGCUACUGACCGCUCCCGUGGCCGGCGCCGGCGGUAAGACAUCACGCGUCGUCAGUUCAGGAUGUUCUCUGUACUAACGUGGACAAAGUUUUAAUAUUGCAACUAAAUCAGUCCUAUGUUCACCUCCACUUGUUUAAAGUUAUCGAUGCUGAUUCAGUGUUUUGUUCGGAAAUGUACAAUUU